AACAAGUCAGAUAUAUUAUUAUUAUUAUUCAAAUAUGUGUUUCUUUAAUCAGUUAUAAAAUAUAAUUUAGUUGAUUCAAUUAUUUUCUUUUUUCGCAUAAAAUCCCUUCAGUUUAUUACUUUUUAUGAUUAAAGUCAGAGUUUAUCCUCCACUCCAUGAUGAACAAACACAUAGAUGAAGGGGGUGCUGCUAAAAGACAACGUUAAUCCGCUUCUCAGAAAUGACACAAAUGCCACAUAAUUACAUUUGGAUAAAGAUGCAAACCUCCAGAUUUCCAAACAUGCAUGCAGCCCAAAAAAAAACACAUUUCUAGAUGUGUUUUUAUUACAAAUCUCAAUUAAUUCAUGAGAUUUUCUCAAAGAAAUGAAACCUUAAAACUGCAGAUGUUUCCAUUCAUCCCAAAGGUCACCUCAGACAAAAAGGUGCAGAAAGGAAGCACCUGUCUGUCUGUCUGUCUGUCUGUCUGUCUGCCUGCGUCUCCUCUACAUGGAGGUUCGCGGUUUUAGCCGUUAUCCUUCUCAGGUUUGCGUUUCUGACGGUGAACGCCGUCCUCCCGGUGCCCAUUACCGCCGCUGCCAGAUGAUGGGUGUGGAGCGGAGGUCCCGCGGGACCGCGAGCACGUGGUCUUGGCUGCCACGAGACGUCAGCGGCAGAUGGCACGGGUACCCGCGGUUGGCAUGAGUGUCAUUCCUCAAAGAGAGAGGAAGGGGAGAGCAGAUCUCAGCGAGGCGCGCGGAGGAGAGAGGCUGCGCGCGCGGGGUUCAGCUUUGUCUUCUGACGCCGCAGAUCCACGUUUGGGGCCAUGAAAGACGCGCGCUGACCAAAGGGAACAAUGUUGACGCUUCCGUUCGAAGAACCUCACAGGAUGUGCGAGGCGCGGUUUGGCGCCAGUUUCUCCCGGGAAAGCAUACCGGAGAGCCUGGAGCAGGAGCGCCAGCACGAGCCGGGCCGGUCCAGCUCCAGCCUGCGGGAGACCGAGGACGACAUGUCCGACCGGGACGAGGACGACCAGGACGAAAACGGACUACCCAAAAAGCGCGGGCCCCGCAAGAAGAAGCUGGGCAAGGAGCAGCUGGACAGGGCCAAACUCCGGCGCCAGGAAGCCAACGCGCGCGAGCGCAGCCGCAUGCACGGGCUGAACGCCGCGCUGGAGAGUCUGCGUAAAGUUGUGCCGUGUUACUCCAAAACUCAGAAACUGUCCAAGAUCGAGACGCUCCGGCUGGCUAAGAACUACAUCUGGGCGCUGUCGGAGACUCUGAGCGCGGGAAAGAGGCCGGACCUCCUGACGUUUGUGCAGACUUUGUGCAAAGGAUUAUCUCAGCCAACGACCAACCUGGUGGCGGGAUGUUUGCAGCUGAACGCGCGAAAUUUCCUCACAGACCACAACGGGGACAUCAUGUUUUCGGGCAGGUCCCCCUACGAAGCCAUGUACCCGUACCAGGGCUCGGACGUCACCUCGCCCCCCGGACACAGCGCCAGCACCCUGGACAGCGGCGCCAAGCCGUUCCGCCACUACAGCUACGGCGGCGCGUACGAGCCCUACUUCGAGAACCCCUCCCCGGAGAGCGGGAGCCCCCACUUCGACGGCCAGCUGUCCCCGCCGAUGAACUUUAGCGGCAUUUUUUCGCUGAAACACGAAGAGCCGCCAGACUACAGCAAAAGCGGCCACUACGGCGUGCGCUACUGCGGCGCGCCAGGACGCGCGGGCCUCGCGCACAACUCCAUGUACCGCGUGUCCCCGGAGGCCCGCUUCCCCUACGACCUGCACCUGCGCAGCCAGUCGUUCCAGGCGCAGGCGGAGGUGAACGGCUCGUUCCAGCAUUAAAGUCAAACAUUCGUGAUUGGAUCCAUUCCUUUGAAAGCUGCAGUUUAUAUUUUGUAAAGACAAAAAAAAACAACAUUUUUGGUUUGCAAUCAAAUGUUUUUAAUGAAAAAAAAUCAAUAAAAUUCACACUUAAACUUGAACAUCUUUUAGGUUAAAUCAAGUUGGUUUUCAAAAUAAAACAAACUAUUCAUGUUUUUGUGAAGUAUAAUUGGAGAUUAUAAAAUGUGUUUUUUUAGCAAUAAAAAUCAUUUGAUCUAUGCAAGUAAGCCCAAUACAAUCGAUUAUCUUCAAUCUGUUAUCGAAAAUUACCAGAUUUUUAUUUGACAUGGAUUAAAAAAACAAUCAAACAUAAAAAAGAAAAAGAUUUUAUAAAAUCUUUGGGUAAACGUUGUGGCAACAAAAUGAAUGUAAAAUACUGUUGUACUUAUUUAUUACUUCAUGUUUAUUUAUUUGAACAAAUCCGUUUGAAUGUGAAAAAUAUAUCACAGAAAAUACUGUAAGAAUCGAAAGGUGUGAUUUUCUUUUUUAUUUAUUUAUAUGAAUUUCUAAAUUUGUCAUUCCCAGUUUGUGUUGCUGUACAUUUCAUGUGAUGGAAAAGGAGGUAAAAAAGUUGACAUGCCUUAAAAAAGGAACGCAGAGACACAAAAUGAGGAGGAGGAAUUUUAUUAUGCAAAAGAAAAAAAGAAAAGAAAAGUAAAGAAGUUCUAGAAAGAUUGCGGCAUUUUACGCACUUCUUUCUGCGCACUGAUGACUUUGCUCCUGUUAAUUUUUGUGGAUAAACCUGGACUUUUUCUUUUCCCUCCCUGCUUACAUGUGGCUCUCACGCAUGCACACACGCACUUCUGAAAACUCGUUAUGGAUCGAAAUAUUCGUGAAGUAAUGUGUUCAUGUUUUGUGAUGUGUUUUGUCGCAAUAAAAUUGAAAAAAGAUG